AUGGCUGGAAUUACAAAUGAGGUGUCUCGCCCGGAUCGCUUUAGAGGUAGUAGCGGGAAGUACGACCGUACCUCUUUAAAACCAAAGAAACAAAAUGGAUAUAACAGUAAGACCAAGGACAAAAAACUGAAGGCAGGUCUGAAAAGAAUCGACCAGCAAUACAAGGAUGCUGUGUCCGAGGCAGCGGCAACUGAGUACCUGUUGCCGGAAACAAGCGGUUUUCUAGAGGCAGAGGACGAAAUGGAGAAAACUUUCAGAGUUAAGCAGGACGAAAUUCGCAGUGCUGUGGACUCCAGCACAGCUAAUAAGGCUCUAGAUUUGAAACUUAAAGAAUUCGGACCUUACUCCGUCAAUUACUCCCGCAACGGAACACAUCUCCUGAUCUGUGGACGCAAGGGCCAUGUGGCCUCCAUGGACUGGCGUAAGGGCGAGCUGCGGGCAGAGUUGAAUCUCAACGAGACUUGUCAGGCAGCCACCUAUCUGCAAAACGAACAGUAUUUUGCGGUGGCUCAGAAAAAAUACACUUUUAUCUACGAUCACGAAGGUAUCGAACUGCAUAGGCUUAAACAGCACAUCGAGGUCAAACACAUGGAAUUUUUACCGUAUCACUACCUGUUGGCCACAGCGGGCCAGACAGGAUGGCUCAAAUACCAGGACGUCAGUACGGGCCAGAUACAGGCCGAGAUCAAGACCAAACUAGGCCCCACGUCUGCUAUGGCUCAGAACCCUUGGAACGCAGUAAUUAAUUUGGGUCACAGCAACGGUACCACAACGCUUUGGGCUCCCAACAUGCCAACUCCCUUGGCAAGACUUUUAUGCGCACGCGGGCCCGUUACUGGUAUUUCCGUUGAUCGCCAAGGUCAUUAUAUGGCAACAACAGGGGCCGACAAAUCCAUGAAGAUCUGGGAUAUCAGAACCUUCCGUGAAUUGCAUACCAUAGAAAACUUACCUACACCGGGCUCCAAUGUCGCUAUUUCUGAUACGGGCCUAUUGGCGCUCUCCAGAGGUCCUCACGUCACACUCUGGAAGGAUGCAUUCAAGUCCAGCAAAUCUGCAAGACCAUAUUUCGGCUCUAGCGGCUUAGCAGAUCGCAACACUCCAUACAUGACUAGCAUUUUCCCUGGAAACAGAGUCACCAAUAUGCAGUUUGUGCCGUUUGAAGAUCUUCUCGGAGUUGGACAUCAAAACGGUGUGCGCAAUCUCAUAAUACCAGGCGCUGGUGAAGCCAACUACGAUGCCCUGGAGAUAAAUCCAUUCGAGACUGCCAAACAGAGACAAGAACAAGAAGUGAGGUCCUUGCUGAAUAAGCUGCCUGCGGACUCAAUCGCUUUGAACCCAGACAUUAUUGGUACCGUUGACAAACGGGCUUCCGCUACGAGACUCAACGCAAAAGAGUUGGCUGAGAUAACCAAUGAAAAGGCGAACGAAGCGAAAAACAAUCAAGAUAUUCCCCAAGCUAUGCCAGGUGUCAAGGGUAAAAACUCGGGACUGCGAUCAUUCUUGCGCAAAAAGACUCAAAAUGUCAUCGAUGAGAGGAAAUUGAGAGUUAACGCCCUCUUGAAUAAAGAAAAAGAGGGCCGUCAACGUAAUGAAAAGAUCAGAAAAGGCGAAAUCGACGAGGGGCACACGGAUAUGGUCAGUGAAGCGUUGAGUAGAUUCGGGUAG